CAAAAGUAAAAAAAUGAUAAAAAGAUUAUUUAUGAUUAUCAUUUUUUAAAAUUUUAUUUGUUUUAUUUAUCAAAAUUGGACAAUUUCAUUUGUUUCCUCAUAAAAUCUAUGAAACAUUUAAACAAUAUAUAGGAAUCAUUUUAAGGACAAAUAUAUCAGCAUACACAUGCAUACAAACACAUAUACAUACAUACAUACAUAUGUACACACUCAGAGACUAAUAACAACCAUAUUGUCAAAUUUAUCUAAAAAUUGACACCGAAAAAUAAAACUAUCUCAACAAAAAGUAUUGAAAAGUUUACUUAAAUAUGAGAGAUUUUAAAACUGAUUAUAAAUUACCAACUAAUUUAUCUUAUUCAACAUCAUCUUCAUCCUCAACCUCAUCCUCGUCAACGACAUCAUCAUCUUCAUUACCAUCAUCAGUAAUGUAUAUAAACAAUAAACUAUCAGAUAAUACAUUAAAACAUUCAUUUUAUAUCACUGAUCAUAAUCAAAAUAAUAAUAACAAUAAUAAUAACGAUAAUAAUAAUAGUACUACUAAUUAUAAUACCAUUGAACGUAAAUUAAAAACAAGAUUAGAAUCAUUUCCAAAAAUGUAUAGUAUCCAAGAGAAUAUUGAUUAUGAAUUCGGUAUAAAAUUACCAAAAAUGAUUACAAAUUAUCAUAAUAAACAAACAAAAUAUUAUUUAAAUUUAAAUUAUAAUAAAUUUUAUAAAAAACGUAAAACAUUUAAUUUAAUGAAUUAUACAACAUAUAAACCAAUAUUGAAUUAUUCUUAUUAUAAUGAAGAGAAUGAUAUAAAUAAAGGAAAUAAUAAAUUAUCAUUACAACGUUCACUUGUAAGUAGUUGUACGAAUACUACUAUUACUACUACUACUACAACUACUACCGUUAAUACUACUUAUAACAAUAAUAGUAAUCAUAAUAAUAAUAAUACAAAUAGUACAUUUUAUAAACGUUCUGAUUAUGGACGAUUUAAACGUAGUAAAGAUUGUGGACCAUCUUUAUCUGAUGUUCCAAUGAAUGUUGAUUUUAAUACAUUAAAUCCAUCAUGUACUUCAAAUCGUUAUCAUAUAUUCAAUUUUGAACAAGUGAAAUAUUUAGAUGAAAUAAUGAAUUCAUUUAUAAGUAUUUCACCAAAGCCUUUGUAUCAAAAUUUUUUAGGUACAAAUAAUAUCAUAUCAACAUCAUCAUCAUCAUCAUUAACAACUACAUCAUUACCAACAAUCAUUAGUAAACCAUGUUCAUGUUUCUGUACAUAUGGUCCAAUUAUUUAUGAUUUUAUGAAACAAACAUAUACAAAACAUUCAGAUCAUUUAUCAUCUGAUUGUUUGAUUAAUUCGACUAAUUUGAACAAUACUGAGGAUUGUGAUAAUAUUGAUAAAGUAAUCUCUUCAUCCGUUCCAACUACAGUACCAGUAUCGAAAGGAAAUAAUUUAGUAACAUCCAUUCCGGACGGCUCUUCCAAUAGUGAAAUCAAUAACACAAGCAAUGAUAAUACCAUAAAUAAUGGUUAUCAUCAUCUAACAAAUGAUUCUUGCUUACCUAAUCAUCAAAAUACAAUUUCACAUUCUCCUAUUCCGUUUACAUUACAACAACCACCGAAACUACCAACUAUUCGUACACAAUUAAAGAAACUUAUUAGAACAAUACGUGAUGGAUUACUGAAAGAAUCAAUACCAGUUAAAGAGAUACGCUUAAAUGGUGAAGUUGCAAGUUCUAUUAUUAUUGGUUCAGAAAAUAAACAAACAUUUCAUGAUAUAGAAUUAUUAUUUUAUGUUGAUUUAUCUAAUUCUACAACAUGUACAAAAAUUAAAUCAGUAAUAUAUUCAUGUAUUGAAAAUAUUUUAAAAGAUACAAUUAUUUUAGAAAAUUUAUCAAAUAUUACAAAUCCUUGUAUAUUUUGUUAUCAUUCUACAUUACCACUGAAUAUAUCAACAAUACAAACAACACAGAAUCCAUUAUCAUCAUCAUCAUCAUUAUCAUAUAAUUGUAAAUAUUGUUCAAAUUAUAAAUUGAAUCCAUUAAAUAUACCGGUUCAUUUAAAUAAAGAAAAUGUAGAAAAUUUAAAUCAAUCAAAAAUCAAUAAAAAUCAAUAUUCUAAUUUCCAUUUUCCUAUCAAUCAAUCAUUUAUUCAUCGUCAACCCUUACAUGAAAAUCAAUUCAAUACUAUAUCAUAUAAUAAUAAUAAUAUUAUAAAAGUGAAUCCUUCGAAAUAUUCAAUGUUAAAUAAUCAACAAACAAUAAAUACUAAUAACAAUAAUAAUGUUUAUUAUAAAUUGAAUCAUUCAUUAUGUCAUUAUCAUUCAUUAUUAUCAUCUAUAGAAUGUCCAAAAUGUUCAACAUGUUCAAGAUUAUUGAAUCUAUUCAAUCAACAUAACAAUAUAAAUUAUAAUGAUAAUAAUAGUAAUAAAAGUAAUAAUAAUAAUAAUAUUAUGAUUAUUAAACAAUAUAUACAAAAAAUAAUACGUAUCUAUAAACCAACAAAUACUACUUAUGAUUCAUGGUUACUAUUUAUUAUUGGUUAUCAUACAAUUAAUAAAUCGAAUGAAAAAAUUAUAAAAAUUAAAUUUAUUGAUCGUAUAUCACGUGAAUAUGAAUUUACAAUUGAUAUAAUUAAAUCAGUAGCAUGUAGUUAUAUAGAAGCAUUAAAACAUUUAAAUAAUAAUAUGAUAGUAAUAUAUAAACCAGAAGAAAUAUAUGGUGGUGGAUUAUUAAAAUAUUGUAAAUUGUUAAUAAAUGGUUAUAAACCAUGUAAAAUGAUUGAUAUAAAAUUAAUGGAAAAAUAUAUGUGUUCAAGAUUUUUUAUUGAUUUUUCAAAUAUAUUAAGUCAAUAUUAUCAAUUAAAUGAUUUUUUAAUGAAUUAUAUAGAAAAUAAUUAUAAAAUGAAAAUAGAUUAUUUAAAUAUCUUAUAUGAAGUUGUUUCCCAUUCUACAAUCUGUUUAAUGACACAUGAAAGACAACAAACAUUAUGCUUGAUUCAAAUGUUCUUACGUGAUGUUACUGAACAAGAAAAACAAAAUAAACAAUCUGUUGUACAUUUACAAGAAUUCUCGUCAAAAGAUUGGGCAUUAGAUAAAGUAUUUUACGGGACUAAUUACUUUCCUAAACAAUUAUAUUCAAUAAAUGAUCAACAUGAAUUAUAUGAAUUAUACAAUCCUCAAUGUCAAUUUGAAUUCAUGAAUAAUUCAAAAGAUAUAACUGAUCAACAAAAUUCUACAAUUUCUAACUCAUUUCAAUCAAAUAUUGAUUUGAAACAUGUAAACAAAGUGGAAAACACUUCGAAUGUUGAAGAUGAAAAUAAUGAUAAUAAUGAUGCACAAAGUCACAACAACAACAACAACAAUGACACUGAUGACAAUAACAAUGAUCAUAUACAAUUUACAAAUGAAUCACAAACUGAUGUAAACUAUAAUAAUAACAAUAAUUACAUUGAGAAAUCUAUGGAAAAUAAUAAUCACUUACAAAAGACUGUUGACAAUUCAAUUUAUAUAAAGAAAACAAUGAAUGAUAAUGAAAAUAUACAGAACAUUUCACAAAUUCGCAAUAAAAUGACAUAUUCAAAUCAGAAACUAUUAUGUAUGAAUAAUUGUGCAUUAUGUAAUCAUCAUAUUCAUUCUCAACUCUGUCAUAAUCAUUAUCAUCAUCAUCAACAUGAUAAUAAUAAUUAUUAUUAUUAUCAUAAUCCACACUGUUAUCAUUAUCAUCAUUAUCAUUCUUGUCAAUUUACUAGUGAAUUAUAUUAUAUACCGCAAAUUGUCACCUAUUUUCCUGCUAAUGAAUAUCUAUUUCCAUUAUCUACAAAUAAGAAUCAAGCAUUUUAUUCAAUGCCACAUAGUACCAUUCCAGAUCAUAAUAAUGAUACUACUUGUAAUACUACUAUUAAUACUACUACUGCUACUUCUACCAUUACAAAUAAUGGUAAUCAUCCAACAAUAAAUAUUCUAUCCAAUAAACUUCCACAUUAUCAUGCAAAAAUACUUCUACCACAAGAUAAUAGUGUAGAAGCAACAAAUAAUGGCAAUAUACGAUAUUAUGUCGGUGUACCAUGCUCUUAUCCAUCGAAUAUAAUCUGUUCGAAAUAUUCUUCAAAUAAUAUUAAUAAUAAUGUUAAUAAUAAUAAUAAUAAUAAUACUGUACAAACAAGAGAUGAUAUAUUAACUUAUUGUGGUGAACCAUUUAUUUAUUAUACACCAGAUCAAAAUUAUUAUAUUUAUUCCACACCAACAUCAAUAUCAACAUCAACUAUUACUUCAUCUAUACAAGAAAAUAUUCCUAUAUUGUAAAUUAUUUAUUAAAUUUCCAUCAAAUUUAUGCCAUUCAUAACUUGAUUGAUUUAUACACAAAAAUCUAUCUGUAUGCAUUUCUUUAUAAAUAUGAAUGAAUGACUGAGAAAGAGAAAGUGAGAGAGAGAGAGGGAGAGCGAAAGAGAGAGUAAGAGAGGGAGGUAGGGAGUAGGGGAAAUAAAUGUCUAAAAAUUUAAGAUACAAUCAGGCAGCAGUAUUUUAAAAUUUACAUUUUCACAAAAUUAAUUUAUUUAUUUUAGGUUUUUCCAUAU